CAGCCACGAUUAGAGUAUCUGGUGAGCGCUGUGGUUGCAAUCUCAUCUCCUGCAGCGCAUGUGAGCUGCGCCUCUGCAGUGCCUUAGUUCUGCCACGCGAGAAAUUACCUAUUUCGGAACCGGAGCAAGGGGGCCGGCUGUCGGUUGACGUUGGGUUGUGGAAUCGGAAACCCAUGUCUGUUUGAUGUACUUACUCAUAACGAGAUUUCUUUGCCGUAGCAAUCUUCCCCCAAUUCCGAGUUUGAACCGCCAUCAUCUUCUACCACAGAGCUCGUUACCCGAGCUCUGAGUUAUGGCUAUAGGGAAAUGGAACCCUUUUGGUCAACCUCAACUACUACCAACUGCCAGCGACAUUCCUGUCCCGCAGCCGUUGCCAAUUCCUUGCGCGGACGGAAAGCAGUUUGGUCUAGAGAAUUUUGGCAACACCUGUUAUGCCAAUUCUGUUCUACAAGCCUUAUAUUUUUGCAGUCCCUUUCGAGAUCUCGUAAUUCAGCAUGCAGAUCCAUGUGCCACUAUUCAAACAGCCCUGUCCUCGCAGUUCACUCCCAGUGCCGCCCCCACUUCCCCAACCGUUGCUGCUGCCCGUCGGAAGCAAACAGACCGCAAGUCUACGCAAGACCCUCCCCAACCAACCACUGCAGACCCUCCAAUACCCCCGAUCCCCUCAUCACCACGGACCUUGAUUUCUGCACUUCGCUCCCUGUACAUUCACAUCUCCCAGAACCCAGCUGACAAAGGCACCGUUGCCCCCCGAGCAUUCAUAGACAAACUCAAAGAAUUAAAUGAGGCGUUUAGAAAUACAAUGCACCAAGAUGCUCACGAAUUUUUAAACUAUCUCCUCAACAAGAUUGUUGAGGAAAUAGAAGAAGAAAAGAAGCACCUACAGGUUCCUCUCGAUGAUUCGGCUCAUUCAGUCAAAUCAUCAUCAACUACGUCACAACCGUUGGUAAUGACAGCAAGCACCUCGAGCUCAGGCGGUCCAUCCAUGGGAUCUACGUUCAUACACCAGAUAUUCGAAGGUAUACUGACUAGCGAAACUCGAUGUCUGACAUGCGAGAAUGUAUCUUCACGUGACGAAUCGUUUUUGGACCUCUCCAUAGAUAUCGAACAGAACUCAAGCGUGACAGCAUGUCUUCGGCAAUUCAGCGCGAGCGAAAUGCUCUGCCAGAGAAAUAAGUUCUUCUGCGACGGGUGUUGUGAUCUCCAAGAAGCGGAAAAGAGGAUGAAGAUAAAGCGGCUGCCUAAUGUUCUCGCUCUACAUCUCAAGCGCUUCAAGUAUCAAGAAGAUGUACAAAAGUACAUCAAGCUGGCUUACCGCGUUGCAUUUCCCUUCGAACUUCGCUUAUUCAACACUAUCGAUGAUGCUGAGAACCCUGAUCGGCUGUAUGAACUCUUCGCCAUAGUAGUUCACAUCGGAAACGGGCCAAAUCACGGUCACUAUGUUAGCAUCAUUAAGACGAUGGGUACCUGGCUCGUAUUCGACGACGAAACAGUGGACUCGAUCAAAGAAUCUGACAUACACAAGUACUUCGGCGAAUCCAAUUCGGGCUCCGCCUAUGUGCUAUACUACCAAGCUGUGGAUCUAGACCUUGUCGCCCUUGAUCUGCGUCCGACAAGUCCACACACUCCUGAGGAGCAUUCACAUCAACGACUCCCUACAGAUUCCCCUGUAUCGGUUUCACAACCUAUUCCGUUGCCACCCGGGUUGUCCACAGAACCGGCAGCAGAGGCAGAAAGUGUCGAGACUGCCCCUCUACUGCCCUCACCGUCAUUACCCAUAGAGAUUCCCGCUUCACCUGCUGAAAGGUCGCCGCGUAAAAUCCCCUCGGAAUAUAUGAAACCUAGUCCUCCCUCGGUACUCCCGAAUCCUGCAACAGUUGGUCGUGGCUCGUCACCUAAGCCGACCCCGACACCUAAACCAACCCCGCCGGCUCGUAAUGGCAUACUCAGACAUGUCCCCUCACUGAAGGUCGGUACAGACAAACGUGACGCGGCUGCAAAAUCUACCGCCCCCUUCCCCAAGGUCGAGCCGUCAGAACCGCUGCCACCUGUCCCUGCUUUAGUGAUUCCGAACGGCAAGGAAAAGGAAAAGGAAAUAGAGAAAAAGAGCACUAACUGGUUCCGAAGAAAAAGUCUAAAAUUGGGAGGGAAAUCGCGUCCAACAUUAGAAGCCGAGGCGGACAAGAUUCCGUUGCCUCCCGAUGCUCUCUUGGAUGCGUCAGCAUCACCGAUGAGGUUCCGCACCACUGGGUCAACGCCGAGGCAUUCCAAGGAUGAAAGUUCUCGGCAUCCUUCGGAGCCGGCGGGUCUUGAUCGUCCUGUAGCGUCCUUCAUGGUCAACCGCCGCCCUGUGUCUGCUUCCGGUUUUGUUCGGGCAUCAUCGCAAAGUGCGAGCAAUCGACGAGAUACUUCGCCUACCAUCUCAGCCACUACGUCAUAUUCUUCACACACUACAAGCACCUCAGCAUCGACAUCUCUUGACCAUCAUUCACACCCCCUUCGCCCCUUGCCAACAAUACCCGCCUCUCCACAAAACUCAAGGAUAUCACAAUCCCCUCCUUCAGCUUAUCCUCGAGGCCAUUCAUCUGAUCACCCACGACCGCCCAGACGGCCAGUGGUGUCGCCCCAUGACUUCGAGCCCCCGACAUCACCUAAACCCCCUGCUCGGCCGACGACUGCAGGUGCUUCGCUUGGUUCACGCUCCUCUGCAACUAUGCCUCGGGACCACAAUCUUCCUCCAUUGCCAGGUGCUGUGGAUAAUCUACCUAAUGGGACGCAUAGUAACACACCCAUGACACUGCCUCGUCCAGACAAGGGCAAGACACAGGCGAAAACCAAAUCGUACGAGGAAGGCGCGGCGGGCUUGUCUGGACGGCCAAAGUCAGCGCAUGCGUCUACCACCCUUGGGGCAGUUUUACAAUCUAGCGCUUCUACUAAUGCCAGUGACAAGAAGCGGGCGAGUCGGAAGAUGAGCUUCACUGCAACAUUCCCGUUUGGUCGCAAGGACAAGCAGCGAGAGAAGGGGAGAGAGCAGGAAUAAGUGUCCCGGCCCGGCGAUCCGUUCACCUACUCCCCGCCUCUCGCUCGUCCAGAGCCUGACGCACGUUGGACUUGUAUUACAUGGUAAAGAUGUGUUUAGCUAUAUCUUGUUUAAUGACCUUCGUUCCCAUUUUCUUGCUUUCGCAGUUGCUUCGUGGAAAGGUUCCAGUCAUCUAUUUUAAUUACAAUUGCAUACGCUGUUUUUAUUUG